CAUAAAAAAAAGGUGCUCAGUACUGAAAUAGCUUAACUCGCUCUGGCUUUUUUGCUCGCUUUCUCUAUUUUUUGUAUUUUCGCUCCGACUCGUUUCAAAAAGUUUCAGACUUUGCAUUAGCUUAGGGCAAAGAACAUAUUCUCUCUCUAAACUUGCCUAUUUCUUUUCUCUCUCCUUGCACAGUCUCUUUUCUCUGUCUUUAUCGGUUUCUUAGGAAACUUCUUCUUCUAAACCCUCUUUGAUUUUGGUGAACGAUGGUAGAGCCUCUGGACCUGCUCCGAUCCAAUCUCUCCCGGGUUCGGAUACCAGAGCCCACCAACCGCAUUUACAAGCAAGAAUGUUGCGUCUCCUUCGAUACUCCGAGAUCAGAAGGUGGCUUGUUUAUUGACAUGAAUACAUUUCUUGCAUUUGGAAAAGAUUAUGUUGGUUGGAACUAUGAGAAGACUGGAAAUCCUGUUUAUUUGCAUAUCAAGCAAACAAAAAAGUUGGCUCCUGAAGAUAGGCCUUCGAAGAAACCGACUCUUUUGGCUAUAGGAAUUGAUGGUGGAUUUGAUAACAAUGAAAUUGAAUACGAAGAUGCUUACAGUAUAGUCAUACUGCCCGGUUAUGUAACUCUUCCGUUUCCUUCAGUGGAGUUACCAGAGAAGGUAAGGUUGGCAGUCGAUGCCAUUUUGAGGGCUGAAGGUGCUGAGCGGAAAGAACAAGUUGCAGCCUGGACAGCUGAUAAAAAGCAAGUCAGUGCAUAUGCAAUGAACUUGCAACAGAUUGACAAUGGUAUUAUUAUUCCUCCCUCCGGGUGGAAAUGUGCCAAGUGUGAUAAAACAGAAAAUCUCUGGCUAAAUCUAACUGAUGGAAUGAUCCUUUGUGGGCGGAGAAAUUGGGACGGAAGUGGUGGAAAUAAUCAUGCCAUUGAACAUUAUAAGGAGACUCGCUAUCCUCUUGCUGUAAAGUUAGGGACUAUCACUGCAGAUUUGGAAGGAGCAGAUGUUUUCUCUUACCCAGAGGAUGAUAGUGUUUUGGACCCACUUCUCGCUCAACAUUUGGCAUUUUUUGGCAUUGACUUUUCAUCCCUACAGAAGACAGAAAUGACGACUGCUGAAAGGGAGCUUGACCAGAAUACCAAUUUUGAUUGGAACCGUAUUCAAGAAAGUGGACAGGAAGUUGAACCAAUAUGCGGACCUGGCUACACGGGACUUGUCAAUCUAGGGAAUAGUUGCUACUUGGCAGCAACUAUGCAAGCUGUAUUCUCAACACACUCCUUCUACUCACGAUACUAUAAGAACCAAAAUUUAAAGACGGCUUUUGAGGUGGCUCCUGCUGAUCCUACUGUAGACCUGAAUAUGCAGUUAACUAAGCUGGGACAUGGUUUGCUAUCUGGUAAAUACUCUGUUCCAGCAGUGGAGGGAAAAGAUAAUGCAAAUGCGACUACCCCAACAGCAAGUGCUAAACAGGAGGGCAUACCUCCUCGUAUGUUCAAAGCUGUUAUUGCUGCAAGCCAUCCAGAAUUUUCUACCAUGAGACAGCAGGAUGCCUUGGAGUUCUUCCUACAUUUUCUUGACCAAGUUGAACGUGUUAAUUCUGGGAAACCUGAGGUUGAUCCUGCAAGGUGUUUCAAGUUUGGUAUCGAAGAUCGCAUCUCGUGUUCCUCAGGAAAAGUUGCUUACAAUAGAAGGCUAGACUACAUCCUUUCUUUAAACAUCCCUCUGCAUGAGGCCACUAAUAAAGGAGAACUUGAAGCCUUUCAGAAAUUAAAAGCAGAGAAAACUUCAGAAGGGAAGGAAGUAUCUGCUGAUGAGAUUGUACGUCCAAGGGUGCCUUUAGAAGCAUGCCUUGCAAGCUUUUCAUCUCCAGAGGAGAUACAUGAUUUUUACAGUACUGCAUUGAAGGCCAAGACAACAGCUAUCAAGACUGCAGGCUUAACUUCCUUCCCUGAUUACCUAGUCUUGCACAUGCGGAAAUUUGUCAUGGAGGCAGGCUGGGUGCCCAAAAAGCUUGAUGUAUAUAUAGAUGUUCCUGAUAUCAUAGAUAUUAGUCACAUGCGCAGCAAGGGACUUCAGCCUGGUGAGGAGCUGUUGCCAGAGGGUGUUCCUGCAGAAGAGGUGGAAUCAAAUAAGCCUGUUGCCAAUGAGGAUAUUGUUUCCCAGCUCGUUUCAAUGGGAUUUAGCGAGCUUCAUUGUCAGAAAGCGGCAAUUAAUACCUCAAAUUCUGGAGUGGAAGAGGCAAUGAAUUGGCUACUUUCUCACAUGGACGAUCCAGAUAUAGAUGCUCCUAUAUCUCAAGGAGGGCAUACUGUUGUUGACCAAUCACAACUAGACAUGUUGAUCUCAUUUGGUUUUCAAGAAGAAAUUGCAAGGAAGGCACUGAAGGCAUCGGGUGGUGACAUUGAGAAAGCCACGGAUUGGAUAUUCAACAAUCCUGAUGCUUCUGCUUCAUCUGAUAUGGAUGCAACAACAUCGAACACAGUACCUACUGCUGAUGCUGGGCUACCUGAUGGAGCAGGGAGAUACAGACUUAUCGGAAUUGUAAGCCACAUUGGAACCUCCACGCAAUGUGGUCACUAUGUAGCUCACAUAUUUAAAGAUGGGAGAUGGGUCAUUUUCAAUGAUGACAAGGUUGGGGCUUCCAUUAACCCCCCAAAGGACAUGGGGUAUCUAUAUUUCUUCGAGAGGCUUAGUAAUUGAAGAUACCAGCUUCUGCAAAAGAUGAAAAACGUGGAAAAAGAGCUAGGGAGAUAUUCAAAUAGCGGAAAAUAGAUAGUGAACCAAUUUUUUAGAACCAUGAGCAUUUUGUGUUAUCUGCACUUUUAGUCUCUCAUGUGGUGUGGCUCUCAGCAGUUUGUUUGUUUUAUGCAUCCCAUCCAAAGUGCGAGGCCACUAGGACCCCACAGAAAGAAGGCCCAGAAUAAAAAAUUCCAUGUUAAAUAUAUUGUACUUCUUAUAGUGUUAUUUGUCUUAUUAUUACUAUUAUUUUUUUAAUAUAUUCAACAUAAGUUAUUUUAUUUUA